AUGUUUUCUCGAAAUGUGUUACUUCUUCUGGUUGCUGCCGCUUCGGUUCUAUCAAAAAUUACACGUCCUGGAUCUGAUGAAUGCUUCUUCGUUGUAAACGUACCUGGCAAACGCAUGGUGUCCUUUGGUAACAUAAACUGGCCUGAUAAGUACACCAGCGGAGAAAUUUGUCAAUGGGUAUUCUUCUGUCCAAAUGAGUACUUCUGUCGACUCCGAUGCCCUGAUGUUGGAUUACCGAAAACCGACGAUUGUUACAUGGAUAAGCUACUGGUGUACACUAAAGGCAAAACGCCCAUUACAACGACGAGGCGCCCUAGAAAGCAUUCACACCCCCUUCGCUACAAGGGCAGUGAACCGGCCCGGGUGUAUUGUGGACGAACUACCAUCAAUGUCAGGUCUAACGGAACAAAAAUUGCUAUGGUAUUAAUAUCACACGAAUCGAGCCCGGGCGGUAGAUUUAGAUGUACAGUGACACCGGAAAAAAACUUAUUACCGAAGAAGAAGAAGAAGUCGAAGCAACGUCAGAUGGUGACGACAAGCUCCGUUGAGAAGUCGUACUAA